ACAGCGGUGUGUCUCUCGUUCCGCUAGUAGCGUGGUGGCCUGCCAACCCUUGGGAACAAGUGUUUGUGCGUGUGAGGUUACUCCGGCUGGCUGAGAGGAAGUUAGUUGCUCCGAAAGCAAGCGAGGUUUGAACACGAAGUGUCGAAGUCGCCGAAAAGCUCGGCGUUGCCUGCCACAAAGGGCAGGCUACCACCGGGCACCCUCGACACCGUCGAAAUUCUUGUAUCCUUUGUGUGUGUGAGUGCGAGUGGGGGAGUACUACGUCGACAACACCGGCGCUGCGCCGAAACGAACGACGGGAACUAGCAGCAACUGGUGGUGGCCACGAAGCGGAUGCCGUUGUAAUUAAGUCCUUCGUGAACCAACUACCUCAACGUCCGCACCAGCGAACUUCGAACGUCUGUCUCGGGGUCUUGUUGUGUUGCGUGUCUUCCGAGAAUCGGGGCAAAUCGUUCCGGCACUUCUGCUCUGCAUCUGUUGUCAAAAGUGCCUUCUGCUUUCUCAUCUCCUUCUGCUAAACACCCCGCCAGCAGACGUGCAACAGACGUCGUCUUCUCGAGCCUUGUGUUGUGUGCAUCCGAAAGAAACCAGUGUGUUCAUUUUCACCCCGUAAAAUAAAACUCCCGAGAUCAUCAUGGCCUGUUCAGCGGUGACCCUGUCGAUAUCGACCAUCACGGCCGUACUGGCACUGGCAUGCCUGUCCAUCUCGUUCGGCACGGAUAACUGGCUCGAGACGCGCGUCAACCGGACAGCCAUCAGACAGACGUUGCAGAAGGACACCGACGAGUACCGGGCGUACGAGACGAGAAUGGAGUACUUCAGCCGGGACACGGGACUCUUCAGAAUAUGCUUCCCGGAGAAGAAGCCUAAAGGACUGGAGACCUUCAUGUCCCCGGUGCAGACGGAUUGCGUCAACGUCAACUACUACAUUCCCGAGAACGAAGAGUCUGACGGAUUCUCCGAGCAGCGCUGGGAACGACUUCACAUGGCCCGCUCGGUGGUGGCGCUCUUCAUCAUCUCCUUCUUCUUCGCCUUCCUCUCGUUCUUCACGGGCAUCGCCGGUUGCUGGAAGCGAUCGAACAGCAACAUCAUCGCCACCGGUUUGCUGCAGAUACUCGCAGCCUUGACAGUGGCGGGUGCGAUGGGCCUGUGGCACGGUGUUGAGUACUACGACUUCAAGAAGCUUCACGACAGCCAAUCCGUCUACUCCUGGCCAGCCAUCCUGCGGCGCAAGGGAGUGACCGACUUUGCCUACGGCUGGUCGUACAUGCUGGCCUGGGCCGGAGUUGGUACCAGCCUGCUCACUGGCAUCCUCUUCCUGGCCUCGGCGCGCUGCCUGCGGCGCGAGAAGAAGGCUGACCAGGCCAAGAACAUGCAGUACCUCAUGCCCGUCUACCCCGACAAGCGACAGCCGUACGGAUACGCCGCCUACCCGGGACCGUACGCCUACCACCACGGCUCGCAGUACGGGCCGUACGGAUACUGAGACCGAUCCAUCACUUUAUUUUCUUCGCUGCGCGCGCACAACAAAAAACACCACCACCGCCAGAACACACCACCAGGUGGCUCUGCUGUCGCCACCGAUGGCAGUGACGUCAUCGCUCCAACAGGGACACACGAAACAGCAAUUUUAACAAAGUGAAGUAAGCACAAACGAAGACGGACACAAAAACGAGGCAGACAAAGACAAGCGCCUGUCCUUGUCUGCCUCGUCAUAGUGUCCUUGAUCAUUUGCGCUUAUUCCACGAUGUUAAAAUGCAGGAUCGACUAGACCAGCAGUCUGUCCUACUGGAGAAACACCUAGGGGGGCUCGUUCCAUUUACACCAUGGCGGUCUAUACGGAACUCCGAUUAUGUGGUGUACAAACGCCUACCCCUUGCAAGCUAUACGCGGUUUCCCCUGAGCAGCAGCGACAAAUCUCAGAGGCUGUGCUUUUGCAUACUGAAAACGCCGGAUUCGACCGCGUAGUGCCGGAAACACGUCAGUGUCUUUCCGUUCUGCCCUUAUAACUUUCGCUUCCGUUGUGUUGUAAGCCACUCUUUCUCCUAUUUCUACUACUUAGCUUGGGUUUGAAAGAAGCACGUAGUAUACAGGCGAUGUGGUUUGGCUUACACACGUGCAAAGCGUUGUGCCAAUGGCGCUCAGUUCAAGAAUUGACGGAAGUCCAACAAUGGCCUGGUACGCCUUCUUGCACCCAUAUGAGUCGAGCCUAGCCCUAACUUCACUACACCUCGAAUAACACGAAACGUAAUGGGCACCGCAGCGUUGUUUCUAAUCGAUUAGGCUAAACGUCAUUUGAGGCUUCGGAAGGGAACACUCGCGGAAGCGCCAGAACCGCGCCUUUUGGCACCUGGAAGUGCGGAUAUGUUCUGUCGCUUUCGUGGAUGUUAGCCAGUUUCUCAUACCAGCGAGCAACACUGUACAAUAUUGCACGUCUGGCCUAUCCAAGCUGAAAGAGCUCAAUAUGCGUUAGGCUUAGCAUCUAACACAUUGCUAGCCUUAACACUCGACAAGCAAGGACGGAUCGUGCAGUCGCAUUGGCUCAGGAAAACAGGCGUUAGGCUUAUCGUCUGAGGCGAUGUUGCCAGACGAAAAUUCGAGAUUAAGCCAUUAUCUCGGCGAUUCGCCGAGACCUUACUUUAGCAGCAACUGCGUAUGUGAAAUGUAACAGGGGAAUUAAAUCAAAAUGAGACAUUCGUAAGAUCGAGUACCACGUGAUCGAAAUUUUAAUUUGUUCUUUUUUUGCAAGUGUUACAAAAAUAUACGAAUAGUCGAGAGUUGAAGGUGUUUUGUGCGCCACAGCGGCUGGGAAAAAAAUAAAUGACUAUAACUUCUUAUCCUGUGGCAGGCAGAAAAAAAAUAGAAAAAAUAGAAUGACCUGCCUUAGUACUUCUUGCGUGAGUGACUUAACAUGAAAUGUAAUUUCAUGCCUGGCGGCCUGCGUCGCGAUGUAAAAUAUCUUCCCGCGCAGCGACUUCGCCACCCCUUUUUGUACAUAGUCCGCACUUCCACUUUUUACGCUCUAAUCAUUUUACUUUCCGUCCCUGUUGGGUCCCCCAUCCCUAGCUUUAUCGCCUGGCUUGGGCGUAGUGCUGCCUUUUUUUUUUUUUUCAAUAUACGAUGCGUGGUUUUAAGGUAGAGUUAUUGCCGACUAUUAACUCUAGCUUAAGGGCAACACACCAGCGCCAUCUCACAAAUAGAGCAGCUACCGAAUCACGAAAACCGGUAGGUGGAAAUCCCGGAAGUAACGUCUCGCUGUCAACCUCGUUUUAUAACAUCCGUCACGUGUCGGUGACGUCAUUUUCUUAGACCAUACGUCUGCCCUGAACACGUGCUAGGCCUAAGGUGACUUGUUCCUCGCGCUGACAUACAAAUGACGUCGCACAGCAGAUUGACUGCGCUUGCUCACUGAAGAAAUUUCGGGAUGACACAUUGAAUCGCGCAGCGUGUGAACAAGUUCGCAUUGUGCGUUCACGUAGCAAUCACCCUUGAAACAUUCCAAACGUGCCAGUGGAAACAGGUCAAAGCUGUACGUUUCAGUCGAUGCCAUGGAUGCAGAAAGAUCAGCUGACAGAUCCAAACAAGCUACCGCAUUGAGUUCUGUUUUCUUGUUAUUGCGUGUAUGGGUGAGGUAAAACAUCUAGAAUACGAUGCGCAUGACCUGUGGCCCGGUACGUAGGACUAGCAUGUCGUUCUAAGGCUUUCCGUGGACGGCGCUGGUUUUGAAAAAGCUCAUGUUUUUCGUAACAUUGUAUUUUUGUUUUCACUUUUCUUCGUGCCAACAUCAAAACGAGAUCUGUCACCCUCAGUAGUUCUAGAUUCUGCAUCUAUUUCCUUAGUUCUUUUUUCGUUUAAGCGACAGAAGCUGCGAAGUAGCUGAUUUAGGCUUUACGUUCAUGUGUCGUCAAGUUUCUCCUCUUCGCGAAGUCAGCCGCUUCGGCGCUUCCGUCAACCACGACACCGCUACAGCGCUUCCGUUUAUGUGUGUUUAAUUUAAUUCAGAGGUAAUAAAAAAACACAUCGGGGACUACGGGGAUCCAUCUAACAGCGCGCCCGGGCGCAGUGAUACUCAUGAGUGCACUUUGUGGCGCCACCUCGCGGGAAAGGCCGGCAGCUUCCGGUCGUUCCCCGGGCUUACUACUACGCACCAAACCCUGUGUGUGCGGUUUAAACACCAGUGUAGAGUGUUUGCUUUACAGGUCCCGAGGACGUUUACUCACCACUAGGGUUCGGUGUUCCAGUUUAUAUAUAUAUGUAUACAUAUAUUUCUUUUGAAAAAUGUUUCACGCGAGUGUUCACGUCACGUGCUGCACGGGUUUUGCUUGGUCUGCGCGUGCGCAUCGCUCAACACGGCCGCAGACGGCAAACAGAAGAACACGGAAAACGAGAGGUGAUCUGAAGAGAGAUGUCACGUUUUUCAGUGUGUAUUGUGUAGCGUUGAUGACGGGGAUAUGUAGGUAGUACACGUUUUUGCGCGGUGUGUGCUUAACUAACAAGAAUGGAUGGUUAGCUAUGUAGCAGCUCCGCCUUGUGUUUAACCGCAGGACAGUCGAAGUGCCUUUGGGAACGAUUAGCAGUUCACAACCAUGCCUUGUGUACACCAUAAACAAUUAGUAGAAGUUCACGAUCAUACGUGGAACAGACGAUGAACGAUUUGUAGAUGUUCACAACCAUGGGAUGAGCAGACGAUCAAGCAAGAAAUAAACUGAAAUUAGCAGAAGUUCACGAUCGUGCAUUGAGCAGACGAUCAAAUAAACAAUUAUCAGAAGUUCACUAUUACGUGUUGUACAAACGAUAAACGACUAGCAGAUGUUCACAACCAUGGGUUGAGCAGACGAUCAAACGAGAAAUGGAUUGGAAUAAUUUGAAUAAAAUGUACACACCCAGUAGAAAAAUUGUUUAAAAUGCUAUUGUGCAAAGUGUUUCGUGUGCCUUCUCUGAAACACAUUAUCGCUUGUAUGAUUGUAGCGGCAGGGCCAGAAAAUAAAAGGAUUGAUCAUGCAGUGAAUUGAAACUAUGCAAUGUGCACAACUGCGUUGCAGCUUGAUGCUGUGAGGCAUUCACUUUUCUGUAAUUUUUUUUUUGUACUCGAGCGAGUCAUAUGUACUGAGUGUGUUUGUAGAAUGGUUUUGAAAUAAAAUCAACGUGAGCGAUCAGCAAUAAACCGAA